AUGCUAGAAAUAUGUGGCAUGAUAGAACUUCCAAGUUCGGGGAACCCCUUCACAUGGAGUGGAAAGAGAGGUAAUCUCUGGAUUCAGAGUAGACUUGACAGAGCAUUUGGGAACCAGAAAUGGUUUGAUCAAUUUCCGGCCUCAAACCAAGCCUUCCUUGAUAAAAGAGGCUCUGACCAUCGCCCUGUUUUGAUCAAGUUAAUCUCCUCUCAAGACUCUUACAGAGGUUCUUUCAAGUUUGACAAAAGAUUUUUCCAAAAACCUUUAGUUUUUGAAACCAUCAACCAAGCGUGGAACUCUUCUUCUCCAAAUUCAAACAUCAACAUCGCUUCUCGUAUCAGAUUUUGUAGACAGGCGUUAAGUAGAUGGAAGAAAAAGAAUGUCUCCAACUCUAAAUUAAGGAUUACGAAGAUUCAAGUGGAACUUGAACAAGAACAGUCAUCGAUGAAUCCUUCUUUCCCAAGAAUGGAAAAUCUUACCAAAUCCUUAGUUAAGGCUUAUAAAGAGGAGGAAAAUUUUUGGAAACAAAAGUGUAAGGAUGAUUGGAUCCUUCAUGGUGACGGAAACACAAAAAUUUUUCAUGCUGCAGUCCAAGUUGCGAGAUCAAAGAAUGAGAUCGUUAAACUUCAAGACAGCAAUGGAAUUUUUCAACGUUCGGAAGCUUCUAAAGGUCAAGUAGCCAUCAACUACUUCAGUGACCUCUUUAAAUCUACCAACUCGGUGGAUUACUCUGACCUUCUCAGAGACUUACCGGUAAGAGUCUCAAAUAAUAUGAACAUGAUCCUCACAAGGAAGAUCACUAAAGAGGAGGUUAAGGAAGCGGUUUUUUCAAUCAAACCUGAUAGUGCUCCUGGAGCUGAUGGGAUGUCAGGUUUUUUCUUUCAAAAAUAUUGGGAGAUAGUUGGAGAUCAACUUACUAAAGAAGUUCUUUUGUUUUUUGAGACUGGUGAUAUGCCCUCCGAUUGGAACUACACACAGAUUUGUCUGAUUCCAAAGAAGACAACUGCUUCGGUAAUGUCUGAUUUGAGACCUAUCAGCUUAUGUACGGUAAUGUACAAGACCAUUUCCAAGAUUCUAGCCUCAAGACUUCAAUGUUUUCUUCCCGAGAUAGUAUCACCGACUCAAUCAGCUUUUGUUUCAGAUAGACUCAUAUCUGAUAACAUUAUUUUGGCCCAUGAAGCAGUCCAUAGUCUUCGAACUCAUGAAGUGAUCUCAAAAUCCUACAUGGCUGCAAAAACGGAUAUGUCAAAAGCUUUUGACAGAGUGGAAUGGCAUUACCUUCAAGCAUUACUUCUUUCUCUUGGUUUUGACAAUAUAUGGGUGAAAUGGAUCAUGUCCUGUGUUACUACAGUCACCUAUUCAGUCCUUUUGAAUGGUCAAUCUUACGGUUACAUUUCUCCACAGAGAGGACUCAGGCAAGGUGAUCCUAUCUCACCCUUCCUCUUUGUUCUCUGUACCGAAGGUCUUACUCACAUGAUGAAUCAAGCUUCACUUAGAGGAGAUCUGAAAGGAAUUCAAUUCAACUUGGCUGGCCCGGAAGUUCAUCAUCUUUUUUUUGCAGAUGAUAGUCUGUUCCUUUUCAAAGCUGAACUUUCUCAGUGCCAAGUUUUUCAAGACAUCUUUCUCAAGUACGGGGAAGCUACAGGUCAGGUCAUAAAUCUCUCCAAAUCAUCACUAACCUUUGGCAAAAACACCUGUCCUUCUCUUAAAGCACAAAUUAAAUCAAAGCUUGGUAUUUAUUCGGAAGGAGGAGCUGGUUCUUAUUUGGGUUUACCUGAGUGUUUCAGUGGCUCCAAAGUUGAAAUGCUUGCAUAUAUACAAGACAAAAUGAAAGGCAGAAUGUCUGGUUGGUAUUCUAGAUUUCUUUCUCAAGCUGGAAAGGAGGUUAUUUUAAAAUCUGUGGCUAUGGCUAUGCCUAUAUACGCCAUGACUUGUUUUAAACUUCCUAAAACCACUUGUAACAACCUUAAAUCAGCAAUGGCAGCUUUCUGGUGGCAAGCUUCAGAGGAUAAAAGUAAAAUACAUUGGCUUAGUUGGGAUAAGCUUUGUAUUUCAAAGGAAAUGGGAGGAAUGGGUUUCAAGGAUAUUGAAUUAUUUAAUCAAGCUCUUCUUGCUAAACAAGCUUGGAGGAUCCUCACAAAUCAAGAUUCUCUCUUGACUCGGUUUUUGCAAAGUAGAUACUUUUCUAAUGGUUCCUUCUUAUCAGCAACUCUUGGGCCCAGACCUUCCUACGCAUGGCGCAGUAUUUUGCAUGGUAGAGAACUUUUGGAAAAAGGCUUAAGGAAUUCGGUUGGUAAUGGUCUCUCUAUAUCGGUUUGGUCCACGCCUUGGCUGAUUGAUGGUGAACGUCUUCGCAUUCCUCUCAUGAAGAAUAUCUUGGUGGACCUUAAUCUUAAAGUCUCUGACCUUAUGAUUCCCAACUCUGAUCUCUGGGACCAUCAAAAGUUGGAAAACCUGUUUUAUGAUCAAGAUAUUGAAAUCAUUCUUAAGAUUAAACCAGCAGUGUCUUCUCCUGAUUUUCUUUGCUGGAACCACACCCGUUCAGGUGAAUACUCUGUGAAAUCAGGCUAUUGGUUUGCAGAAAAGGAGGCAAAAAAGGAAGCUUAUGUCUCAAGUCAAGCUCUACCCUCCUUAAAUGGCAUCAAAAGUCAUAUAUGGUCACUGAACACAGCACCAAAAAUAAAAGUUUUCCUCUGGAAAGUUAUUGGAGGCGCUAUUUCUGUUGCUGACCAUCUAAUAGAAAGAGGAAUGAAGGUAGAUUCUCGCUGUCAAAUUUGUGGUUUGGAGGGAGAGUCAAUGAAUCAUGUACUUUUCAACUGUACUAUUGCAAGACAAUCCUGGGCUAUUUGUCACUUCCCUGCCCCGGUAAAUGGUUUCGACCCCUCCUCCAUCUACUCCAACAUCUUCUAUGUUUUAAAGAUGGGGAACAAUCAAAACUGGCCUGUCCAUAUCAGGAGAAGUGGUCCUUGGAUUCUAUGGCAAAUCUGGAAAAAUAGGAAUAGUUUUCUAUUCAAAGGAAGCCUCAUUGUGGGAUCAAAAUUCGCAACAUCGUUAUUACAGGAGGCUGAUCAUUGGUUCCUAAUCAAAGAAAUGGAAAAACAAGAACAAGCCAUUGAUCUUGAGAAGAAAAAAAGGAUCAUCUUUGGAUGGAAACCCCCUCCUUCAUCAUGGUUCAAAUGUGACAUUGGCUUCGAUUGGGACAAAAAUAGGAAGGAAAGUGGUGCGGCAUGGAUACUUAGGAAUGCUGAAGGGAAAGUUUUACUGCACGGUAGAAGAUCCUUCUCAAACAUUCGCAGUAAAUCAGAAUCCUCUUUUCAAAGCUGGCUUUGGGCUUUAGAAAGUAUGAAGUCUCUCCACUUUGAUCACGUUAUCUUCUCGGCUGAAGACAGUGACAUUGUUAAUGCUAUUUCAAAACCUGCUACAUGGCCAUCUCUAAAAGCUUUUUCCUUUAAGCUUAUCGAAAUGCUCCAUGAAUUUUUGUUUUGGCAGGUGGAAUCACAAUCUCGUCAAGCCCUCAAACCAGUCUUUCUUAUAGCAAAUAGUGUCAUAAAGGAGGAUCUGUUCCAAUCCUACAUUGCAUCAGGGUUCCCUGGCUGGCUUAAGAAGUUUUUUUCGUAA